AUUUCAAUCUUGAAUUCUUAUCAUCCAAUGUAUCAAAAUUCCCCAUGCUCUCCUAAGGAGUAGAUCGAUGAAGCGUGAAACGCCAAGAGGAUGCACGUCCACACCGACUCGCAUCACAUCUUGGCGACGUCUCAAGCUGAAGACUGUCACGAUAUGAAUAAAUCUUCAAGAAUUUCUUCUGCUCCUCAAUUAACGUGUUGAGCAGGAAAAAGCGCAAUGGAAGAAAUAUGGCGAGGCUCGAAGAUAACAUUCCUCAACCUCGGGCUGUUAUGGUUGGUAACAUCUGUAUUAGGCCAAAGGAUACGGGUAGAGGAACCGAUUCGCCCUCUCGUAAUGGACGGUGCAACGAUAACGAGCGAGACAGACUACCUACCCGAGAAGACAAAGGUAGUAGAACAUGUUGUCGAAUCAAGCAUCCCGCAAGUCUCCGAUGUACCGCAAAUCUCAGGUAUUCCACAAGUGGAUGUGAAUCCACCCAACGGCACGACAACCGGUAGCCAAGCGCAGCCAACUGAGCCCGUGGUUCCAAUAUCCGCAUUGUUAUUCUCUGGUGCACCUGGUCCGAAAGACUGUCGCGGUACAGUAAUGACGAACAUCCAGCUGCCCAAGCCUGGAUUACAACACUCAACUCCGAAAUGUUAUAACGUACCUGGGGUAGCACAAUGUGGGACUUUCAUCGCGAAUAUGGAUGAUGGGUGCCAGGCACGCUUGUUCAACGAGCCCAACUGUCUAACGUUCGCCAACCUAGCCGUGUUUACUCCGGAGCAGAGGGCCGUAGGUGGAUUAUUGAGGAGUAUUGAGAUUACGUGUGGAAUCGAAGGCGUGACACCACCACCGUUAAAUCUUCCCGGUCUUAAACUACCGCCAAAUGCUCAACAGGCUGUUGGAAAGGUACCUAAAGUUUCCUCUAUAGUAUUUUCCGCUUUGAACGAAACAAGCUGACUAGGCAUGCGUAGUGAGCAUGGCUAUCAGCCUACGCCAUGAUAAAAGGCAAAGAACCCAGGUAAACCGGUCCAUAAAGGAUUGCGAAUACCUGGUAGGUAUCCAUGUUUCAGAGAUGGAUCGUGGUUUGCGGCUCAUUGGCGAAAUCCGGAGAAGUCUCCAACGACUGGUCAUGUCGUGCAGACUUUAUAUACCUAAUAUGUAUAAGGAGUCUUACGAGCACUACCGGUUUGAGAGAGCCGAUCGCUUGGUAUAAGACAAUUAUCUAGGCAUGCAAGGAGAUAUAUUUGGACAAAUAGUUUGGACAAAUAAGUCGCGUGCGUACUUAUUAAGAGUCCUUAUUAAUGCAGCGUGACGGGAACACGUUGCGAGCAACGGGAGGGGAAACUCAUUGUCGAGAAGACGAAUCAUGAGUCAAGAAGUUCUGCCGGACGGAAGUAGUAAAAAGUAGUAAACUGAUGCCCAAGCAAUAUUCACUAUGGAAGCAAACAUGCGACGCAUGUCUGGCGUAAAGAAGGGUUACAUACAGUUAGGCAGGUAGAUAGGACGAAUGGAAGAAGGUGAUGAAGCAGGAAAUAUUUGAAAUAUCAGUUAGAGUUAUGAUAUAUGAUAGCAGCAAUUACAAUGU